UGCAAUCGAGUAUUUUGAUUAUUGGUAGAUCCGAACAGAUCUCGUCUCAGUAAUGGAAUACCACCUGGACGAGGAUUAUUGCUUUCUGAUUCUUCAGUUUUUUCUCCAACAAAAUAAUUCCGACGACCGAAAAACAUUCUGUUUAUUAUCAACAGUGAAUGGUCAUUUAAAAACUGGUGGAUUUGUUGACGGCUUAUACGGUGAAUUUUCAAGUGUGUAUUGGAUCCGAAAUGUCGACUUUGAUUUCCCGCGAAAGAUGGAACGUGGAGGCGUCGGAAAUCGCGAGGAACACUCACAACCCUAUAAGAUCCAUCAUAGAGAGCCUCGUCGUCGAGCCCAACCCUGCUAAAUCCGUGAUAGCUUUAUCCAUAGGUGACCCAACGACUUUUGGUAAUUUAAAACCACCCAAAGAAGCGAUCGAUGCUGUCCAAGAAAGUCUUCUUUCUCAAUCGUAUAAUGGAUAUGCACCAAGUACAGGAUACCAGAUGGCAAAAGAAGCUGUGGCAGACUAUAGUUCCAGCGAAUUUGUGGAUGUGGAUCCUAAGGAUGUAAUCCUGUGUAGUGGAUGUUCCUGUGCUUUGGAUCUUUGUAUCACCGCUCUAGCUAGAAGGGACCAGAAUAUCCUGAUACCACGACCUGGUUUUUCAAUCUAUAGAACAUUGGCAGAGGGUCUUGGGAUCACUGUAAAAUCAUAUGAGUUACGUCCUGAAUUUGGCUGGGAGAUUGAUCUGAACGACCUGGAAUCACAGAUCGAUGAAUCGACGGCGGCGAUAAUUAUAAACAAUCCUUCGAAUCCGUGUGGUUCUGUAUUUAGUCGAAACCACACACUUGACAUUCUCGACGUGGCUGCUCGUUAUUACGUACCCAUUAUAGCCGAUGAGAUUUACGAGCACAUGGUAUUUCCAGGACGAACUUUUCAUUCGUUAGCGUCCUUGUCGAACGAAGUUCCUAUUUUGUCGUGCAGUGGUCUGACAAAAAGAUUUUUAGUGCCUGGCUGGCGUAUGGGUUGGAUUAUUAUUCACGAUCGUCAAAAUAUUUUGAAUAAAGAGAUACGGAAAGCACUUCACUGUUUGAGUCAGAGAAUUAUCGGCAGUAACACGCUGAUUCAAGGUGCGCUUCCAGCGAUCCUGAAAAACACCCCUCAAAACUUUUACGACAAUAUCAUGCACACGUUGUAUAACCAUUCAAAGGUAGCAUACAACUGUAUAACAAAGGUUCCUGGAUUGAAACCAAUAAUGCCAGACGGUGCGAUGUACAUGAUGGUUCACAUAGAUCUAUCUUGUUUUCCGGAAUUUAAUUCCGACUUGGAAUUCGUGCAACGGUUGUUAAUGGAGGAAUCCGUGUUUUGCCUUCCUGGCCAGUGCUUUGAUUAUCCGUCCUACAUGCGAUUGGUGAUAACAGUGCCCACGGACAUGUUGGAAGAAGCUUGUCAAAGGAUUCGGGAAUUUUGCGAAAGGCAUCAUUACAAAACGGCUGAACAUACCCGUAGAAAUAGUUUCUUUGACGGAGAAAUAUCCUGCUGAAAACGAAGCGAAUUAGUUUGAUGCGUUACCAGUUUCGUUUCAGCAGUACUUAUUUGAGUUACAUAAUCAUUUGUGGAUACUCAUGAAAGAAACCAAACGAAGACAGAUAGUUUGAUUUAUUUGAUUGUCAACUUUUUAAGUUUUUUUAAGUUUCUUUAUAGUGCUUGUAAGAUUUGACCUCAAUGUUCAAGAAGAAAUAUGCUGGAGUAUUUAACUCUUGAGUAGGCACAUGGGCUCAUAGGCACGUCAAAAAACAAUUGACCGCAAGCAGUUUCUCAAUAUGAAUAAAAAAAUAUUUCAUAUUCCUAUAA